AUGCCCGCCAGCUUCUUCAGCUCUCUACGCGACCGCGUGGCCGCCGUGGACUCGCUCCUGUGUGUGGGUCUGGAUCCUCACGUAGCAGAGCUACCGGAGGCCACGGCCGCUGCAGCGCAGGCCUUCUGCCUCAACAUCAUCGAGCAGACGCACCACGUUGCGGCCGCCUACAAACCCAACUCGGCUUUCUUCGAGGCUUUCGGUGCUGAGGGCAUCACAGCGCUCCACUCCGUCAUCAAGGCCAUCCCAUCCGGUAUCCCCGUCCUUCUAGACGCCAAACGCGGUGACAUUAGCACCACCGCCGCCGCGUACGCCGUCUCCGCCUUUGACAAGCUCGAAGCGCACGCCAUCACGUUGGCUCCGUACAUGGGCGCAGACUCUAUCGAUCCAUUUGUACGCGGCCACCCUGAACGCGGCUGCUUUGUGCUGUGUAAGACGUCGAACCCUAGCGCCAACGACUUCCAGACGCUGUCCGUGGGCUCCCGUGCGCUGUUCGAGGAGGUGGCUGCCAAGUGCGAGCAAUGGAACUCGGAGGACAACGUCGGCCUCGUAGUGGGAGCCACAGAUGUCAAGGCACUGCGUCGUGUACGCGCUGUGACGCCCAAUCUGUGGAUCCUGGCGCCAGGUAUUGGCGCUCAAGGUGGCAACUUGGAGGAGGCGGUGACGGCCGGUCUGUCAUCCGAUGGCCUGGGUCUACUGGUACCGGUAUCGCGCGGUAUCUCCAAGGCUGCCAACCCUAAGGAAGCGGCCGAGUCUCUGCGUGACGCCAUCAACGCUGCCCGCAAGACCAAAUUCGCACUGUCCUUCGGCGUGCUUAAGUUCGGUGACUUUACGCUCAAGUCCGGACGUCAAAGUCCCUACUUCUUCAACGCCGGUCUGUUCCGUACCGGCCGCGCGCUCGGCCAACUCGGCAAGUUCUACGCACAGGCGAUCCACGAUAGCGGGGUGGAAUUCGACGUGCUGUUUGGUCCGGCGUACAAGGGCAUCACAUUGGCGGCGGCUGUGGCCAUCGCGUACGCUGAUAUGUAUGGGGUGGACCUCCCUUUCGCGUACAACCGUAAGGAGGCUAAGGACCAUGGCGAAGGCGGCGUACUCGUUGGUGCCGAUAUGACUGGAAAGAAGGUGCUGAUUAUUGACGACGUGAUCACUGCCGGUACUGCUAUUCGUGAGGCGUUCGGGAUCUUGGAGAAGACGAACGCGCAAGUCUCGGGCGUGUGCAUUUCGUUGGACCGUCAGGAGAAGGUUUCGAUCGAAGACACUCGCUCUGCUAUUGACCAAGUGCGGGAGAGCUUCGGCAUCCCCGUGGUCAGUAUCGCUACGCUCGAUAACCUCGUGGGUUACCUUGAGACUGUGGACACGGCAACCGACGCCAACGCCUCGUACUUGCCGGUCAUUCGUGCCUACCGUGCUGACUACGGUGUGUGCAAGCAGUAG